AUGAACGAGCCCCCCGAAGACGGGUGGGGUACCUCAACGACCGUUGACGAGGUUCCAUUGUCAAACAAUAGCGUUGUCGUCGCGCCCCCAAAGGGUUUGGAGGAAGAGAUGCUGGUUGGUACUGAGCCAGAGAUACGGCUAGAAAAUACCCACGACGAGGGAAAAUGUCUUAGUGCGAAGCGGGCGUCGACCAAGCGGGCGUCCACCACAUUUGCUAAGCGCGGAAGCCGACCACAGUCCUUGGCAGCGGCAAUGGCGGGUCAGGAACAGGGUGUCGUAGAGCAUGGAUUUUUUGUUCUUGGAAACAUCAUAGCAAUAUACGCGCCUCUGAUUUUGCUUGUUUCGUUACUAUUGCUUUCAUUUGUUGCUGCGUUCGGUCUUUUUAUGCGUGCCGAAGUUGACAACGCUUUAUUUACGUCUCUCGUACUUCGGCCGGCUACUCGUCUAAACAAGGAGUCAAACUACGUUAAGGAGCGCUUUGGCGAAGGUUGGGAAACAACCAUGGAAGUUGCGAACGCAAUAGCAACAAGUGGUGGUAAGAACGUAUUGACUCGCAAAAAUGCGCUCCAAACCGCCAACUUCUGGAGAGAUCUUGAUCUUGGUAGCAUAGAAAUUAAGUACCGUAAUACCAAAUUCAAUGCGGUCAACGUGCUUGCAUUGUCUGGUCCCCAACCGUUUCGUUUCAACAUUCUCGACUGCUGGCAAGAAGGUGCCUAUGACUUCUUCGGCGACCUGGGUACGUUGGGCAUACAAGGCUUAGUCGAUCUCUCAUAUGAGGCCACUUACAGCUUCGCCAUUACCGACAUGAACGCCAGCUAUUUGCCAAGCGUCAAUCCUUAUACCUGGUGUCUCUAUGCUCCUCUAGUCACACUCUACACACCGUUUGAUUUUGUUGAUGCAAACACAUUCGGACGCUGUCGCCAAUUCCUCGAUACGGAUGUAAGUUCGACAGAUCAAGUGGUGGCGGUUCUUGAGCGUGCUCACGACUUUCACCGCUUUUAUCUCUACGACCUCGCAAAGUCGUCACCGUCACUUGCAUUCACAUGGGGUUGUAAAGUUCCCUUUGCCGAUGAACCUGCGGGUCGGUGCGACACAAAUCUCACCUGCUGCGAAAUCGCGACUGUUUACUCUGGUUGUGCCUCGGGGGGUCUCGAUCUAACUACGUGUGAUGCUUAUUUAUCACAGUUUGGAGCGCCAGACUGGUCGGCGAAUCCCCAUUAUGAUUCCGAGUAUGCAGCUUUGAAAGUGUGCGAUAACUUUCGUUUCUACCCAGUUGGGUCUAUUUUAGCAGGCGCUAUCUCCAGCUUGUCGGGCUUGCCAGCCAACACGUCUCUUGCUGGGUGUAGCGAGCGAAUCACAUAUUAUCAAGAUGAAGACUCUGUCAUUUCGGCAUCACUCGCCGAUGUAACCACAGUCAACGAUCUCGCUGAGUUUGCCGCCAAGUCUAUUAUCUGCAACUAUUUUGGCAUGAAUUCGUGCGCCACAACUUUCGAAUCGAGCGCGAACUUCGAUUGGACAACUCGAAUUGCCACAGAGGAUGAAAUUCUGGCUACGGGGCUCUCUGGGACCUGCGCAUUUUGGGACGGUGGUCCCGAGGGCCUCAAAAUAUUGCCCUACGUUGAUCUUACAAUCGCCCUGGGUGACUGGUUUGAUGAUCGAAGGGCCAACUACGGGUUUCAGGUUGUAUAUGUGGCAAAGGGUUGGCGAAAGAUAGACCAGGACCUUGAGAUGAUGGGCAUCACACAACCAAAAAGCCAUUGCAAGCAUGGAAAGAGUGAAUGGCUCGCAAAAUUAUACAGCAAGGUCAAAGGUCGGUACAACUCUGGCUCUGUCCUUCAUGGGAUGUUGACAUCUACAGCAAUCUUUGAUGAAUUUGAUGCGGCGGGAUCGAUAGAGAUCUGGCUUAUCGCUAUUUGCUACUCACUUGUCGUCAUCUAUGCCGGUAGUUCGAUGAUCUUCGAGGUCACCGGCGGCCCUUCUAUCACGCUCACAACAACCGCAAAUUUUGUUGCGUUUCUCACUGCACGCGCCAUUCGGGUUCGCAUGGUAGCUGAGUUCUGUGCCCAGGCGGCAGUCGGAGUUCUUGGAAUUUACUUUUCGAUUGUAUUUGGCUUCAUCGCGCUCUUGGGUGUUCAUGCCAAAGUAAGCCAAGAAUACAAAGCUACGCAUAUUUCUAUGGAAGCGUUGCUAGCCUUUGGAAGUAAGAAACCCAAUGUGGAACCCGAGCAUACUAAGAAACGGUCUUCAAUUGCAGUCAUCGGUGCUGCCGCACGUGGUUCGGUGGCCGUCGUCUCUCAAGCACGAAAGAACUUUUACCAUGAAGUCCUUAUUCCUAAUUACGCAUGGUUUUUGACACACCCGUCUGGGAAGAUGUUUAUAUUGAUGGCCACAGCGAUCCUGAUUCUGGUUGGAUGCCUCGCCGGCCUCCCACGUGUCUCGAUAGGAUUUCCCAUCGUCGACCUCUUUCCUUGGGGUACACCAGGCUCUUAUUUCAUGUACAAUCGCAUGCGUUUCUCCCAGGAACCGAUAGACAUUGUCUACGGUGAGGCAGACUAUCCAUACAAACAUCCUCUAAUUGCGUCAGUCGUAGAUCCGACCCGCUACUCGACUCUGCAGCAAGCCGAGGAUGCUGAUCACAUUGCACCAGGGACAGCUAUGUGGUACCAUGCGUUUAUCCAGUGGGGACUGCCCUGUGACUGGCGCUCGUUUUCACAUGAAAUGAACGUCACCAGCGGAUCUUCCGGUAUCGAAGCCUGCGAUGCUUCCAAUUUUUAUGGCACGUCUGACCUUUACAACCCCCGCUGCGACCCAACUGACGCGUUUGGGGCCGGCUACUGUGGUCCAUUUGUCUCUCCAUCCACAUUUUCGCCAGUCGAGCACGCUCUUGCUGGAAUCAAAACCAAUCUCUACUCGAGUGAUAGUGCUUCGCCAAAGCUCGCUGAGGCUGGAAUCCCCGUGUGUACGUCAUGGCCCAUCUCUGUCUUCCUAUGCAACAACGCCUCAACUCGAUGUUUUCAAGACCAUCUGCCUAAUGAUGUCUUCAAUAAUCCGUACAUUUUUGGCUUCCAUCCAGAUUACUUUUAUGUCUGCCUCAAUAAAUUCCUAAACUUUGAUGCCCUUCACACGCUUUUCUCUCCUGCUUUCACGUGCGUUGAUCCAGAUCAUCGGACUGAACGUAUCGCCUGUACAGCACUUGCCAUGGGGGGCUCACGAGAGAUUUAUCGCGGUUCAGAUGGCCAAGGCUACAUCGACUUUUUCAGAGCCUCUCCUGUGUGGGCCGAAGAUAUUGAAGAUGGAUACGACUGGGUGGAAAUGCUCGACUCGCUGCGUGACAAUAUGAAUAACGCACAGCGCUCGACUCAAAUUCGUGCGUUCCCAUCUGGAGGCGUCCUGCCUUUUUGGUCGCAGUUCCGUUGGCUCGUGCCUACUCUUGUGCGGGGCCUAUCAUACACUUUGCUGUGCAUCUUUGCAAUUGUCUCUCUUAUCUACGUUUCCAUUCAGCCCCCUGAUCCAAAUGUCGCAUUUUUUAAUCGUGUGCUUGGAGCCGCCUGGUCUUCGCUCCUCCUCUGCGUCCUAAUAACCAUGGUAGUAAUCAUGUUUCUCGCUGUCUGUGGAUAUGUUAACAUAAUUCUCAAUAUAUUCACUGCAGUUCUCACAAUCCUUACUGUGGGAAUGUCUGUUGAGUUCGUUUCGCAUUUCUUUUCUCAUUACCUCCUUCAUUCUGGGAGUCGGGUUGAGAAAACCAUCGCUACCUUAAAGUUACUUCUACCUCCUGUCAUAGAUGGUUCGAUAACGACAUUACUCGGCAUUGUGCCGCUGUGCUUCUCUCCGAUGCCCUACAUUGUCAACAACUUUGUGCAACCCUUCUUCAUCAUUGUUGGCCUUGGCAUAUUCUUCGGUUUGGUGUCUCUUCCGGCUAUUUUGGCUACUGUUGGAUGGCAGGACGGAACCCCCAACGUUUGUUGCGCUCCGACGUUUGGCGCACCCCAAGCUCCUGAUACCGGCCCAGCAAACGUCCUCUAA